CCCAACCCCUCUCCUGGACCUGGUUCCUGCUCCAACAGUGCUUGGACGGAACCGCGUCCCCGAACCCCCGAUCCUAGCUCCAGAACCAGUUCCGGCACCAGUACCAGCCCACCAUGGCCUCGUCCCAGAUCCGACAGAACUACGACCGGGAGUGUGAGGCCGCGCUGAACCGGAUGGUCAACCUGGAGCUCUACGCCAGCUACGUCUACCUGUCCAUGGGCAGCUACUUUGAUCAGGACGACGUGGCCCUGCAUCAUGUGUCCGAGUUCUUCCUGGCCCAGUCUCACGAGGAGCGAGAACACGCCGAGCGGCUGCUGCGCUACCAGAACCAGCGUGGGGGCCGCAUACUCCUGCAAGACGUGCGGAAACCAGAGCAGGACUCGUGGGGCUCGGUGCUGGAGGCGAUGCAGGCGGCCCUGGCUUUGGAGAAGACGGUGAACCAGGCCCUGCUGGACUUGCACGCGCUGGCCACCGCCAAGGCUGACCCUCAUCUCUGUGAUCUGCUGGAAUCCCACUACCUGGCCGAGCAGGUGGAGGCCAUCAAGAAGCUCAGCGACCACGUCACCAAUCUCACCCGGCUGGGGCCCGGCUUGGGCGAAUUCCUCUUCGACAAGCACAGCCUGAGCAGCUGAGCGGCCAAUCUGGGGCAGGGACAGGGGGCGAGGGGCUGGCUCCCUUCCUCUUUCCCCCUUCAAUAAAGGGUGUUUUUGCCUUGC